AUGUCCAGAAACAAAGAGAAGGCGCAGUCUGCCUUGAACCGAUUUCAGGAGUUCAAGAAUCGAGAAGCUGGAGUUCUAGAGAGUAAUCCGAGCUUGAGACCCAAAAGAGCAGAUACUGUGAACUACUUACCGCAGGCUAGGAAGUGGAAAUCAGUGGUGAUGAGCGAGAUCUCGACAAAAAUGACAGACAUAAACGACCCCAAUGCUACGGAACUACAGCUCCGCGAUUUGAACGAUAAAUUGAACAAGUUGUUCUGGGAAAAGGAGAAUUGGGAGAGUCAGAUAAAUAUUUUGUCUGGAGGAAAUCCGAAUAGAAUAAGGAGAAAUCGUCGAUAUGGACAGAAAGCUCCAGCAGAUUCAGAGUAUGAGCCAGGAUACCAAUUCUUUGGAAGAGCAAGAGAGCUUCCGGAUGCGAAGAAGUUUCUCGAAAAUGAAAGAUUAGAGAAGCAACGUACUCUGGAAAGGAAACGAAAAGCAGAAUCUACUGAUCAAAGCGUAAAGCGUCUUAACCAGCGAAUAGAUUUGGCCUAUUAUGGCUAUUAUGAUGAAGAUCCUUGUAACUUCGGGACUAGAAAUAUCUUCAAUAAACAAGAAAGAGAGCAGAUCAUUGAAUUGGCACACAAACUAGGAGAGGAGGAUUUCGAGAUAGAAGAUGAAACUGAUUAUGGAGUAAGAGAUGAUAUUGAGAACAUUAACGAUCGAAUAUUAAGAUACGAAGGGUGUAUAAAAGAAGAAAGAUUUUAUUCUUCUCUUGAUGAUCCUUCUGAUUCAAUAAUGAGAAUUCAAGACUUUGAAUUGGAAGUUCCUUCUAGCCAACAUGUACAGCAAUGGAUGUUGACCAAGAGAAAGAAAGAAUUGCUUGCCAAGUUGGGUAUGGAAAAAUAG